AAAAAAGAGUCAAUAAAAAAAAACAAAUAGAAUUAUUUCCUGGCCGCUAAACCCCGCCCAUUCUGUCACCGUCCUGUCAUUCUCGCUGUCAUUGUAUCAGUUUAUUCGCUUUCUUUGAGGAUAUAUGUGGAUUUGUUAAACCGCUCUGUUCUGUAGGGUGUAUCUUGGAAGCACAUUCGGCACUGGACGGUUUUUAAUAUAUAAAGCCCGUGGUUUUGAUAAUCGAUCAUGUCGUACUGCUCGUUCCAGGCGCAGCUGGUGUCCUUCGUGGAGAUCGCAGCCAAAGCGGCGGAAGCGGAGAUCAAGCGGCGCGUGGAGGAGAGCUGCGCGGUCUUCAGACUGGAGCUCAGCCGCAGCCGCAGAGACAUCGAGGCGCUCAAGAGGAAAUGCGUGCUGAUGGACAGCGAGCUGAGGAGGGCCAGAGGACGGGGCAGGAGGACAGUGUGGUUCAAGACGCCGAGAGACGCCGACACGCCUGCGAUCAGAGAUCAAGACCAGAAUCCAGAUCAGACCAGAUCAGAUCAGUCGGUCUGUCCGCUGGAGGACGGAAUCAGACCUCCGGUGAUUAAACAAGAGCGACAGGAACAGGAAUCCGGCAGCGGUGCACGAGGGAAUCGUCCCUUCGAUCACGAGCAGCAGAACAUCCAGCAGAUCCAAGCUCAGGAGAACAUGGAGAACCACCAGCUCUCUGGAGCUUCAGAGAUCCAAAACACACAUUCACAGACGGCCACAGAGCGUCUGAGCGGUCUGGGACUCCAGCUUAAAGCCGAGAAGGACGAUGAGGAACCGAGAGUCCACCCGAGGUUUGCUCAGCUGUGGACGACGGCCCCUGAAACAACCGCUGAAGACACAGAACGGACGUUUCCAACGUCACGAGACACGGCGGUCUUCAGCACACAUCUGCAUCCCGUGGAGACACAAAUGGAGCUGUAUGAGCCUGAACAGAUCGAUGCAAACGAUCAGAUGAUGAGCGCAGUAGUCGACUCGGUUCCAGCGUUCAGUCACGGGCCGCCCGCGAGCGUGGAGAAGCGCUUCAGCUGCUCGUACUGCGAGAAGAGCUUCAGUCGGUUCAGUCAGCUGAAGGAGCAUCUGCGCUGUCACACGGGCGAGAAGCCCUUCGCCUGCGCUCAGUGCGGCCGCAGCUUCACCAAACACUGCAAUCUGACCCGGCACGCCGUGGUGCACAGCGGAGAGAAGCCGUACCAGUGUGGCCAGUGCGGGAAACGCUUCACGCAGCGCUCCAGUCUGAAGUCUCAUCAGAGGACGCACUCGAGCGCGUGGGAUCACAGCUGACGGCGGCCUGACCUUCAGCAGAACGGCUGCAAACACACAUCUGCUGAUUCACUGUAAAACACACAGAGGAACUUUUUUUGUCAUGUUAACUCAAUGCACUUUUUACACUUUCAAAUUGUAUUUUCAUAGUGUAUCGAUUUACGUGUUUUCUGCGCAAUUUGUUAAUGAUUUGUCUGCAUGAUUGAAUAAAAUAAAUGCUAAG